UUGACACAUGGUCAGAGAGGGUGGAAGUCAAGAGUUUAUUUUGACUCAUUACACACCUCUCAGCUGCCAUGCGCUCGUUACUCUUGAAAGGAUCUGACCCUCAGAUAGUAAUGACUUUGUACAUUAAGAGUAGUUAAUCUCGAUUUAAGAAACGCGCUCAAAGAAUGUCAGGGCUCGAAAUUAGGAGAACACUGAUUGUGGAAAUGAUUUUAAUCAUCCCCUCUUCUCUGUGUUCUUUAGAGUAAAGCCGAUGUCAUCAGUCAAUAUACAGCCGGCUGUGGGGGGCCACGAAGAGCCCAAAAGGUGACGGAUGAGCGCAAAAGAAAAUAGAUGAUCCGCCCAUGACCCGCCCUCUGUCAGUUAGCAGGGUGUUUUCAGAGGUUGCGCAUCUUUCUUCGCUCUUCUGCUGAGAUGCUAAGAGGACACGGGAUUCGAAGCGAAAUUUUUUUCGGCAACAAAAAUAAAUGUCUUGGUUAACUCAAACGGUUCAGUAAAUGCCAUCACCUAUGCCUUUAUAAAAUAUGUACUGGAAUAUUGCUUAUACACUGUGAAAGUUGGGACUAUAUUUGCUUAUUUAAAAUGCAAAUGAAAAAAGUUGAAUAUGUACCGUUAGAGAGAAGUGCAUGUGUGUUUGUGUAUUGUUCGGAGGUUUUGUUGUUGUUGUUUUUUGUAUUAAAUACAUACUAAAUUUGAUCUGAUCCGUAAAAUCACAGAAAGACACACUUGUUAUCUUUAUGAGGAGUGUUCUUAAACUAUAGCAUUUGAUAGAACAAAAGCCAUGACAGUAUUGUUCAGGAUGAAACAUCGUUGUUUGUGUGUUUGUUUGUUUGUUUUGUUUGUUUGUUUGUUUGUAUUCAUGAAGAGCAAGACAGACAAAAGACAGAUAAUGAUAUUAGCGAAGCCAAAAAAUUGUUUCCACUUUAUAAAUCCGAAAUGUGUACGCGAUUGCACAGUGCGAUAUUCAAAGUAUGUUCAUGCUAACAGGAAAAAAUAAAGAAUGGCAUAUUCAACCAUUGUCAUUUGUGGUCAAACAGUUCUCUUGAUAAAAGGCUCCUGCAUUUGCCCGUCACAUUUUAACAUUUAGGCACGAAGAGUGUACUUUUCAUAUGAUUUGGAUGAUUUUUAUAUGAUAUAAAAUGUAGCCGUUAAGAGUUGGGUUUAUGUUUUUUUUUUUUACUUCAUUAUGUCUGCCCAAAAAUGGUGGGUUUAAUAUUUGAGUUUAUAAUCAGUUCACAGACAGAACUUGUGAUUUUAUUAUUACUUUUGAGGCACAAAAGCCCCAAUGUUCUUGAAUUUAGAUCGUUUUUGUGUGUAAUAUGUAUGUAUACGCCGUGUCCUAAAACGACCUAACGUGUGUGCAUUAACUGUUCAGUGUGUGCAUUAACUGUGUGAAAUAUGCUAUUUUUCUUUAUGUAUUUAUGUACAACAUACAAUUUUUUUACAUUUGCAAAAUUAUGCUGUUAGUUUAAGAACCAAAUUUUGCCCUUUUUGGGAACAAGUUUUUGUUGUUUAUAUAUAUUAAAAAAGCAUAAAUUACAUUAAACAAAGAAAAUUAAAAUUGAAAUUCAGAGCAUUGUAAGUUUUGUUUUCUUGAUGAGAAUGUUUGCAGAUGUCGUAUUUAACAUCGUUGAUAAAUAAACUAAAUUAUUUUGGUGAGUAUCAAAGUUUGGCCAUCUGUAUUUACCCAAAGUUACUGAAAUCUCAGAAGUAUUUUUUUUAAUAUUAGACAAUACAAGGUUUUUCUUUUCAGGGUGAAAUGUUUAUUCCUGUUGAUUUGCUCUCUGAUUCCCCCUGUCUGACUUUGGUUUGAGAAGUUAAACAACCAGGGUAAAUAUUUGACACUGAAGAGCUCUUGGGUGUUUGAGAGCGCACACUUUUCCUGAAGCAUACUUCUAUCUGUGGGUGUCUAAUAGAUUAAGGAGAUACGAGAGGUCAUUAGAAACUAAACUGUGUGCCUACACGAGGUUUUAUUUAUCCUCUGAGAGCGUGUGCUUAAAUUAGAAGAGCUUGGUAAACAGUUUAACUCACUUUAUGCAGGUUAACAUCGAUACGUUUGGGUGCGGCAUGAUGUCACUGCUAUUAACCUGCUGUUUAAACCUGCUAAAAAGAAAAUAAUAAUUAGCCUAUAAAACACAUUUUGUCUUGUCGUUUUCAUUUUGAACGCAAAGAUUUAGCAAAUUUAUUUUAUUCAUUACAACUAUAAACUAAAUAUUUUAGCAUCGAUUAAUCAGGAGAUUACAUUUUAUAGAAACGACAAAAGUCCGCGUGGAAACGAAUAACUAAUAAUAAUUCAGUAUAGACGUAAGCAGCUAGACGUGAGGCAGAUAGUUGCCCAGAUCCCAUUUGGCCCUAUUCAAAACCAUGACAACACGAAACAAGCACGGAUUUAUUCGAGAAAGUUAAAGGACAUUGUGCGGGGGCGUCAAUCAAGCAUUAUUUCAGGACUGAACAAAUGCAAAAUCUUGACUGGAACAAAUGCUUCCAACGGGUCUCGGACGCGGGGCUACAUUUCCCUCUUUUGUUCCCGGUCGCUGGUUGGCAUGUAUUUGUGUUCUUUUUUCGCCCGACCACCCAGGACGACUAGACGAGGACGGAUACCCAACUCUGUUUUGGGAGGGUCUAUGCAGUCAUCCAAAGCGCGCUCUACGGCUAGGCAGCUUCAUCCGAACCCAUACCAUGCCAAGUGCACUUUAGGUGAGGUGCAGGAGUAAGCAGUAGUCCAUAUGGAAACAUUAAUGUCUGCUUGAUGUCUGGAUCUCUUCCCAAAUUAAAAUCAAUAAAAAAAAUCUCAUUUAAUGAGUUAUUUAACGUUAAAUAUGCGAAGACGCAAGGUUUAAAUAAAUGUUGGAUAGUCGCAAACCAAAUUUGGGUCAAAUAUGGGCUAACCCAACCGCUUUGUUAAUCAUUUAUUUAUUAAAAUCUUGAAAUAAUUUAAAAUUAGCGCUUUUACCUAACGACAGAGUUUGUCUUUGGCCCAUUUAAGUGUAGGCUAAACAUUUACGUUUUAAUUCAGUUUAAAUGUUUACGUUUUAAUGUUGUAAAUUUUUAACAAAAGCGUCUUUACUGGGGAAACAAUUGAACUUUUACAUUAUGCAAAGAUUAGACUACUCCAUGAGCCCAUGAAUUUAUAACCUUUACGAAUUAGCAACUCUAACCCCAUGUACUGUACUGAGACAGUGCUCAUUUAACCAGUGUUUGUGCAAUAACAUCUGCAAUAAACGAGAAUACCCCAAUAAACGUAUUAGGAAAAACCAACUCUCAGACGCUAAUGGAUCACUUUGUAUGCAAAUAUCCGAUAUGUUAUUUGAGCGGGGGAAAGAAGGGAGGGCUCUUGUUGUCACUUGCCACCCAAGACGUGAUUCAGCCUCAACAAUUACCAUUAUCUGUUUCCCACUUUUCACGAUUUCGGACGAAUCAGUAAUGAUGAAGAGUGUUACCCACCAUCAUUGUGAAAGUAACAGGCUAUUAUUUCCCGAGUUCACACCUACCAUUACAGGGAUUUAAGUACACGAGUCAUUGAGAUACUUAGAGCCUAUAAGGAGGAGAGGCCUCAAAGCAGCCACCAAGUGCUGUUUAUAUAAACACCGCGACAUCAGUGUACACAUUGUCACUUCCAUGUGCAUCUUGAAACGCUCGCAUCACUUCAGCACCGCGUUAACGAGGACAGCUCUUCAAGAACCAGUCCUGGAACUAAUAGCAAACCUACGAUACAAAUGGCUAUUUCAAACAAGUUCAGUUUCACUGUGAGAAGUAUUUUGGAUUUGCCAGAAAAUGACACGGAAAGCAUCGUACAGCAUUCUCCAUUGGACUCGUUUUCUGUCUCCCCUUACUCAACCUGGACUGAAAACGACAGAGGACAUAUAUCGUCGGAUGAUAGCAAUAUUGAAGCUUCGCCAGACUCCACAGAACCAGAUGUGCUCUCCGUGGACACAGAGCACGAAAAGAGGAAGAAGCGUCGCGUGUUAUUCUCUAAAGCUCAGACUUAUGAACUGGAGAGACGCUUUCGUCAGCAGCGCUAUCUGUCCGCUCCAGAAAGGGAGCAGCUGGCGCACCUGCUCCGCCUCACGCCCACGCAGGUCAAGAUCUGGUUCCAAAACCACAGAUACAAAAUGAAGAGAGCGCGGAUAGAGUGCGCUCAGGACCUUAACCAGCCUCCUGUGUUGCGCAGAGUCGUGGUGCCCAUUUUGGUUCGAGAUGGCAAACCGUAUCAGAACUGCACUAUCGAUACAGAAAAAGGAAACGGCAUCGUUCCACCAACCGUGCCAUCUUCACCGUUUACUGUUCAAGGUUUCCAUUCUUUACAGCAACAGACGCCCUUUGCGCUUUUCCCCACAUACCAGCACUUUACUAACACAGCGGCCUCCCGGCACCACUUUUGUGUUUGGUGAGACUUAUGACAACACGAACUAUUUCGGGACUUAGCGCAAGCAUCCAUCUCAAUUAAAGUUGUUUUAAUUGUAUAAAGUGAUAGGUCUAUUCAAGUAGAAAUAUUCAGCGUUGAUAAGAUUUUUAAAAAAUGCUGUUUGCACAUAUUAGAUGGUCGAUUUAGUUUCGUUUGCCCAGUUGCGUUUUGCAAAUUGUUGUGUAAUAAGUGCUGUCGUGUGUGAUUUCCUAGUUUCAUAGUUUAUUGUUAAAAUUUUGCAUUUUUUUUCUGAACCAAAAGUUUAUAUAUCAGUGAGAAAACCAUGUUUUAUGUAGUUUCAUUUUUUUUAUAAAAUGAAGUGUUAAAUGUUUUCAUUCUUUAUUCUAUGUAUUAAAAAAACUGAAAAAACACAUUUAGCAAUUUAUAGUUCUCUUAUUGUUCAAACAAAUGGUUGGUUUAUCCACAGAUUUCAAGUAUCUCGUUUUAAUCAUAACGAUUGUAAUAUAUUUAAUUCCUCACUCGGAUUUAAGACUUUUUUGUGUGUUUUGUUUUUUUGUUUUUUUUAUAAUUCGUUAACCUUUGCUGAUAAUCCCUCCGAUUGUUACAUAGUGUUUGUAUAAAAGAUCUCAGAUUGGACUGAAAAGAGUAUGAGAAUUGGCGCGCAGCAAGAGAUGAGUGGCUUUUGUAAUGUUAAGACGUCCACUUUCUCCCAGCAGAGAAGACCAAAUAACCAGCUUAAAGAAAGGACACUGUAAACACCGAAGAACAAAUGAUUCUGGAAUUUGCGCAUUCUACCACACAAAUAACUGAAUACAAAAAUGUUGUCUAU